GUUGAGCAUCCCUCAUUUCGCUAGCUUUAGACGCCUGUCCAGUAGUUGUGGUCUGCAUAUCUCUCGUGCCUAGAUGUAUAUGUUGUCUCUUCGAGUUUAUAAUGUUUGACGUUGUAAACUAUUCGGCUAUCUGGUGUAGUUUAUGUUGUGGGUUGUUAUGAAAGAAUGUAUGUCAGAUUUCUAGGUUAAAAAGAAAAAUAGCAUUCGUUGCCUGUUCUCUGUAAAAUGGCACAACCCCUUAGCACAGCAAUGGAAAGCCUUACGGCUGCGAUGAAUAGCAGCAUUGUUCCUAGUCAAGAGUAUCUGUUACAAGGUAGCGUGCUAGAUUCAGCUGUAGAAGUGUUGCUACACCGUCUCAGAGGACUUUGUGACAACGUCGACUCUGGCCCAGAACAGUUCGAUGAUCAUGAGAUGUGCUUCAGUAUUCGUGGAACAAGUGCUCAGCCAUUACUAUUGAGAGUUCGACGGGCCCUGGAUUAUCCUGAUAUGCCAUUUCAAUUACGUUACAUUGGUCAACCUGAAAUAGAUAAAUCAAGACCCACAAUUGUGAGAAAUAGCAUAGAUAUAGGCACAAGCUCAUCUGUGGUUGAAUUUCUAACUGAACUGGGCUGCAGAAUGGAUUUUGAGUACAUUGUGAGAGGCUAUAUGUUCCGGAAAGGUCGCAUGAAAAUCACUGUAUCCAAAAUAUUUAAGGUUGGCCAAGGGAAGACGUUAGAAAGUGUAGAACCUAUGUCACAAUCAUAUCUUGUAGAGCUUAGUGUUUUGGCUCCUGCUGGACAAGAAGCCAUUGCAGAAGAUAUGCGGAGUUUUGCUGAACAGUUACGGCCCCUUGUUCAGCUUGAGAAACUGGAUUACAAAAGACUACAGCAUUUACCAUGAAGUGGUUUACUUUUGGUUACAGGGUUAUCACAGUAAGAUAUGUUGAUAAAAUGAUGUUAAUUGACUGUCUAAUUUGUCUCCUGAAAAAUGGUGUGCCAUAAUAUUUGUGAUGAUAAUGUAUCACUAUACUUUUUUUUUGACUUAGUAGUCUUCAAGCUUGUGUGGAAGGUUUUUAACAUGUGUGAUGUCCUGCAAGUUCUCUUCUAUCUUCCAAAAUUCACUGAAGUUCUCUUGUGUACCUUGCAGGAUUAGCACUACUGGAAGAAAGGAUACUCUGAAAUGAUGACUUAGCAUCAGCUUAGGGGAUUAUUUCCAAAAUGACUUUUUUCACUCCCCAGCAAAAUGUGUGCGACCUUUAUAUCCACAUGCUUGCUCGGUGCUUAAUUUCCAAACACUAAAUUCAUAGUUUUUUCAGGUCUGUAACCAGCCCUUGUUUUCCAUGGUUCAUUUUACUGUAAUGCUUUGUUGUGUUUAUCACAAUUGGGUAAUUUUUAAACUGAUGAUUCAGUUGAAUUGUAGUGCUUUUGAAAGUUUACCUUACUGCGUGUGUAGUGAUAGGUUUCAUCUGUAUGUCCGGCUGGAAAUUUCCAUACAUUUCUUUGGUAAAAUGUAACUGCAGGUGAUAUUGUCAUGUAGAAGAAGGUGUGAUUAGAUAGAUGAAAGAUGAACACUUAACUUCACCGAAUGAAGGUUUAUUCAGCAUUGCACAUACAACAGUGCGGAGCGAACUGCCUCUGAUCAGAACACACAGUAUAUAUACAGCUACAGAACAUUCCAGUACAAUGAUUCUUGACAUUUGUGAACACUUCUAGAAUGCACUCAGGCUGAAUAUAGAAAUUAAAAUUGUACAGUCUAGGUGAGUUUUGAACUCACGUCCCUCCAUACGACAGUUUAGUAUCAUAACUACUAAACCACGGUGCUACUCAGCUUCUUCUGCGACAUUGCUCCCUC